CCACCUUAUUCAAAUUUACACAUGUCAGAGAAACAGGUAUAUAUACGUGUGGAAUAUUGAAACAUUACACUUCCAGGAGUUGAUUAGCUGCGUGAGUUUUGUCUAUCAAACGCCUGAAGAACAGUCACUAUGAGGACCAAGACAAUUAUGAUCAUGGCGGUUGUGCUUGCAUUUGCCUGCUUGUGGCAAAUGGGUGACGCCCAGGAUACAACUCCUCCUGCCCCUGCUCCUCAACCUGCCCCUCAACCUGCUUCUCCACCUGCAAAUAAUCCAAGCGGAGAAACGGUGGUAAUGGUGAUGACGGUGGAGAUGACGGAGGUGAUGACGGUGGAGAUGACGGUGGAGAUGACGGAGGUGAUGACGGUGGAGAUGACGGAGGUGAUGACGGUGGAGAUGACGGAGGUGAUGACGGUGGAGAUGACGGAGAUGAUAAUGACAGUGACUAGUGAUCAAAUGCAAUAGACAUAUUGCUGUAAAACGUGGCGGAAUCGGGUUUCAUGUAGACUGGCUUCCCUAGAAAACAAGUCGUUCAGAGUGAUUUGAUCUGAUGGACAUCAGUAAACACGACAAAUCUCAAGUGUGCUGUUAUGUAUGAAACAGCGCAUACUCUGCACAACAGUGCAUAUUUCUACUGUUUACAAACACAUGCUUCUGUUUGUUUAGAAUUCGUUCCUCUCUUCGUCGUGGUCGUCAAAUUACAAUAAACAACUGACCGUC